CAUUCAAAACAGUUGAAGGCGACCAGAUUCGCUGCGCGUGAGUUCUUCGGCGAAAUUUCUUUGGUUACCUGAAUCAACAACCAUGUCGUCCACCCUCGCAACUCCGUUGACCCUUAUGGGCUCCAGGCAAUCAGGACAGCCCAUAAGAACUCAAAAUGUUCUGGCAGCUGCGUCCAUUGCGAACAUUGUCAAGAGCUCUCUUGGCCCAGUGGGACUGGACAAGAUGCUUGUGGACGACAUUGGGGAUGUCACAGUAACCAAUGAUGGCGCCACUAUUCUCCGUCUCCUUGAAGUGGAACAUCCUGCUGCUCGUGUUCUUGUUGAAUUAGCUCAGUUACAGGAUGAUGAAGUUGGUGAUGGAACUACCUCAGUUGUUAUAAUUGCUGCCGAGCUACUGAAGAAUGCUGACGAGCUUGUAAAGCAAAAAAUCCAUCCCACUUCUAUUAUUAGUGGCUACCGUCUGGCUUGCAAGGAAGCAUGCAAGUACAUUCAGGAACAUUUGACUGUGUCAGUUGAAGAACUUGGCCGUGACUGCUUAAUCAACACUGCCAAAACUUCAAUGUCAAGCAAACUUAUUGGAGCUGACUCUGACUUCUUUGCCAACAUGGUUGUUGAUGCAGCACAAGCUGUCAAAAUUACUGACUCCAAAGGAAACUCACUGUAUCCUAUCAAGGCUGUUAAUGUUCUGAAGGCUCAUGGCCGAAGUGCUAGGGAGAGUGUCCUUAUCCAGGGUUAUGCUCUAAACUGCACAGUCGCUUCUCAAGCCAUGCCCAAGAAGAUCUUGAAUGCAAAGAUUGCUUGUCUAGAUUUCUCCCUCCAGAAGACCAAAAUGAAAUUGGGAGUCCAGGUUUUGGUGACAGACCCUGAGAAAUUAGAGGCUAUUCGGGAUCGUGAAGCUGAUAUUACUAAGGAACGGGUGCAGAAGCUUUUGGCAGCUGGUGCUAAUGUUAUCCUGUGCUCUGGUGGUAUUGAUGAUCUCUGCCUGAAGUACUUUGUUGAAGCUGGUGCUAUGGCUGUUCGGCGAGUUAAGAAGUCAGAUCUUAAAAGGAUAGCUAAAGCAACAGGGGCUCAAUUCCUCACAUCCCUCACUAACAUGGAAGGUGAAGAGAGCUUUGAAGCAAGUUCUAUUGGUGAGGCUGCUGAAGUUGUUCAGGAUACAGUUUGUGAUGAUGAGCUUAUCCUCAUCAAGGGACCUAAGGCAAGAACAGCCAGUUCAAUUAUUCUCCGUGGCCCCAAUGACUUCUACUGUGAUGAAAUGGAGAGGUCUAUUCAUGACUCCCUGUGCGUUGUGAAGAGGGUUUUGGAGAGCAAGUCAGUUGUUGCUGGUGGUGGAGCUGUAGAGGCUGCCCUAUCUAUUUAUUUAGAAAACUUUGCUACUUCUUUGAGUUCUCGGGAACAGCUGGCUAUUGCCGAAUUCGCUAGGUCACUUCUGGUAAUUCCCAAGACACUGUCAGUCAAUGCUGCCCAAGAUGCUACUGACCUUGUUGCCAAACUGCGUUCUUACCACAAUUCAUCCCAAACUAAGGCUCACCAUGUUGAACUGAAGUGGAUUGGCCUUGACCUCACUGAGGGGCAAGUGAGGGACAACCGUAAGGCUGGUGUUUUGGAGCCUGCUAUUUCUAAAAUCAAGUCUCUCAAAUUUGCUACCGAAGCUGCCAUCACCAUUCUGCGUAUUGAUGACAUGAUUAAGCUUGAACCAUCACCGAAAGAACAACAAUCAUACAGACAGGCGUAUGAAGCCGGUGAACUCUAAAUGUAAUAACCAACUUAUUUGUUGAAACACCCAGUGCAUUAUUUUCCUUCUAUUUAUACAAGCAGUGAUGACCAAUGUUUAUAUUUGAUACUCAAUUCAUUGGUUUCUAUUAUUAAGUGCCUUGCAAAGAUGUUAUUUCUGUGUCAACUUUUCACUACUUAACAUAGAUUAAUUCAACAAACGCUUUUAUUCGCA